CUUGUGUCAUACUCGUUUCUCAAGCUCGAGCCUCAAGCUGUUUAUACACCGCAUGCAUCCACAUCCGGGCGGGCCGAUUUCAUUGUAUUACCACCCGAGGCGGCCAAAAUUACUCAGGUGACCUUCCUGCCUGACCGAUUUAUUGUAUAAUAUUAUACAAUACAAAAGUUCUGAGACGAAGGGCAUCAACCAUAUCUCCCAGGUUGAUCUUCCACUGUAACCUCUCACCAAAGGCUUUCUAUCGUUGAUAUUUGGCAAUACCUCUUUUCGCAGGAAAACUAAUGGAUACCAUGAACGCUGUCCGCUACAAAGCUCCGCGGCAAUUCAGCAUGCAAACUGUACCGAUUCCCACAAUAAAUGACGAUGAGCUCUUGAUCAAAGUCUCAUGCUGUGGCAUAUGCGGAACCGACGGGCAUGUACACGAGGGAGAAUUCAUCGCGAAGUUUCCUCUAAUCCCUGGUCACGAAGUAAUUGGGAGAGUCGCUAAAGUCGGUUGUAACGUCACAGGGUUCGCUGAAGGUGACCGAUGCGUUGCCGACCCAGGGGUUACCUGCGAGACAUGUUUCUAUUGUAGACGGGGACAAUCUCUACUAUGUGAGAACUUCAACGGCAAAGGAGUCACGAUGGCAGGAGGAUUUGCUGAAUAUGUCGUAUUCGAGGCUAAGAAGACUUACAAGAUCGAGCACCUCACCGAUGAAGAAGCAACGCUUGUCGAACCUGCUGCCUGCGCAAUUCACGGGAUGGAUAAGCUCAACGCGCCCGUAGGCAUCGAUGCCUUGGUGAUCGGUGCUGGUCCUACCGGGUUGAUUCUCGCACAACUGCUCAAACUGAACGGCGCUGCCAACGUUGUUAUUGCUGCCAACAAGGGCAUUAAGACUCAGAUUGCACAGGAUCUAGGGGCUGGUGACGUGUAUGUUGAGCUUGAUAGAGAAAAUCCUGCACCUCAGUGGGAACAACUAAGGAAGAACCAUCCGUAUGGGUUUGAUGUGGUCGUUGAGGCUACUGGUAAUGAGGAGGUCGCGAAUGACUCCAUCAAUUACGUCCGGCGGGGCGGUACUCUCAUGAUCUACGGCGUCUACUCUGAUAGCGCUCGUGUUCACUGGUCCCCUUCCAAGAUAUUUGGGGAUGAGAUCAAGAUCAUUGGUUCAUUUGCUCAAACUCAUUGCUUCCCUCGAGCCGUAGCGUACCUUGACAGUGGUAAAGUGAAAGUAAAGGGCAUGGUCACUGACGUGUUCAAGAUCAGCGAAUAUCAGCAGGCACUUGAUAAAAUGAACAGUAGAACCGCCUUGAAGAUUGUAGUGAAACCGUGAUCCCAAGUUGUGUCCAGGAUCCUUCUCACCACUGCUGGAGGGACAAGUAAAGGAGGGGUCUGCGAGUAGCAUUAUUAUUAGAAGCCCACACCUUCAAAUUUAUUUCAGUUUAUCCCCCCAAUUAACCUCUCCGGCAUCAGCUACCAGCAGAGUGUGAAACGUCUGUAGCAACAAUUACACCAGGAGCACUUCUGAGAAAAUGAGAAAAUAUUGUAUUGGAG